UUUGACCACUUCUUACCAAUGGCCACUGCAGAUCACUGUCCUUCUUGUGAUGCAGAUGCUUCCCAUCGGCAAACUGAUCUUGAGAACACAUCACUUAUCUAUUGUUCCAAUUGUGGUCACGUACUGGACGAUACCGAUUAUCAACAUCAAUUCAUAGACUAUACCAGUAGACCAACUUUGGACGGUCAGACCGACGCUUUAUUAGCAAAAUGGCGCAACCAGCCUAAAGUAUUCCAUGUUUCAAACGGAACAUGUUUAGAACUUCAGCGCUUGGCUCCACACAUGCAAUUGACCAGCGACGAUCUACAGAUAGGAUAUACAUACAUCAGACAAUUUUUGAACGAACGUCGAACAGCUUCGACAAGAAUAACCGCGGUAGCAGUGGCAUACCUUCUCCGUAGGAUGAAGAUGAAACCAAUGCCUUUGCGAGCGUGCGCUUCACUUUGCCAAGUAUCAGCUCAAGCGGUUGGAGUGGAGUAUCGACGCCUUCUAUACAUUUUAAAACCGGUAUUCCCUCAAGGAUAUUGGGAUCCUUACUUAUACCUUCACGAUGCAGCUACGCAUAAUUAUGAAAUACUUGCCAUGCAAAACGGAAAACAGUCAAAGACCUUCACAAUGGCAGCUCUGAUAAAUCUCGCUACCGAAGUCCUCAGCACGGCAUCGAAAUUGCUAUACCAUACUGGCAGAGGUUCUUCGUCUUUCGUAGUUUCAUGCCUUUUAUUAGCUUCGGACGUGCUAAACGAACGUGCAGUCUCAGGACCCUAUCGUCGAAAGAUUUUGAAACAAUUGGCGACCGCAAACUUGAUAUCUGAAACCAACCUUGACAGACGGUACAUCGAGUUAAGAAAACUUUUUUGCGGCAGAGCUGAACAGCUUCCAUGGAGAGCCGGGCCGGGAAAGAAAUGCAGAGAUCCGACGCCUUUCAUACGAGAUAUAUUAAAAUUGGACUGUGUUGUAUCUCCUAAACCUUUGAUAAAAGGUAAAGAAAGCCCAGAAUCACAGGGCGCAGCUGGCGAGGACAUAUAUGAGAACGUGAAUGCGCUUGCCGAACCAAGCUCGGUACACAACAAAGUCCCCAGUAUUUUGAAUAAUCCUCCGGCAUUUGUAAAGUCAGAAGAAAUGAGGCAACAUCUCGAACGCAAGCUCGAAUUCAUCAUUGGAGAGGAACCGAUGUCUCUGUCUAUCGAAGAUGAACAGGAUUUGAGAACUUUAGCGUUCUUGCAUGAAAACGGAAUGAGCAAAGAGAAACUGCUAAACACAAGUGCAACUGAACGUAGGCAAUUGGAACACACUAUACAAUAUCGGGAGCAGUUCCCAUGGUCCUACAACGCACAUCGAGACUUGGACAAGGUAACGCUGGACGACAAAGAUCUUUGCGAUGAAGAAAUGAACAUGUACUUACGUAUCAAACAAGAUACAUCAACAAAAUAGUAAUAACGUAGACGGAUGAUUCAUUUAUGAUUGUAAAUAUUGUAUUAUAUUAAAGCAGAAAACUGUAGACUAAUUUUUUGUU